UUUUCUCUCAGCUCAGUUUAUUUAAAUCUUCUGCAUCGUGCAGAAGUAAGUAAAAAUAAAAAUUAUUCUACAGCUUUUUUUUUUUUUCUCUACUCAAGGAACGAAAAUGAAGAUAUUUCUUAGUAUGAUUAACUGGAAAAAAGAGUUUUUUGAACGAGGUCUAAUAAUAAUUUUGAUGGCAAUUAUAUUAUGCAAUGGAAUUUACACAGAAACAGUUCAAAAUUCAAAUGAUAUUUGUCUUACUUCAGAAUGCAAUAAUACGGCAACAAGAAUUAUAAAAUCCAUGGAUUUGUCCGUCGAUCCAUGUGAUAAUUUUUACAAAUUCACAUGCGGUAAUUUUAUCAACACGACUAUUCCCGAUGACAAAAGCAAAGUGGAUAUUUUUAGUGCACUUGCGGACCAAGUUCGGGAACAAUUAAAACCUAUUGUUGAGACGGACAUGUCUUCUAAUAUGUCAAAGUCAUUUAGGCUCGUUAAAAAUUUCUACAAUAUUUGUAUGAAUAAAACUGCUAUCGAAAAACACGGAUUGGCUCCGUUGUUGAGUAAAUUAAAAAAAUUAGGAGGCUGGCCUGUUUUGGAAGGCGAUAAUUGGAAAGAAGAUGAAUUUAAUUGGACAAACUCGAUAUAUCUUCUCAAAAAUAUGGGGUAUUCGUUAAAAUAUCUUCUGGGCGUUGAAAUUGGUUCGGAUAUAAAAAAUAAUACAAAUACUGUCAUAAAUAUAAAAUUACCUAAAUUUGGACUGGUGCCUGACUUUUUAUUAAGAGGGCAAGAAGAUGAGGUGAUUAAAAAUUAUAAAAAAUAUAUGAUUGAUAUUGCGGUACUUCUUGGAGCUGAGCGGGAAUACGCAGACAAAGAACUUACGGAAUCGCUUGAGUUUGAAAUAAAAUUGGUCAAUAAAAGCGCAUUUGGUAAAAAAUAUAUCUAAUUUAAUUCAACUUCACCUUACCGAAAAUUCGGAAUUAAUUCAAAGCUCAUUUCAUUCUACUUGGAAUCAAUUUUUAUCAAUUUUCAAAUUCUU